GAAAGCCACACUCAGUCAUUCGUUGAAGUGCAAUGCCAUGGCAAAUGUAGAUAUGUAGUUCCACUCUCCAUCUGCCCGUGAAAGCUCGGAUGCAAUUUUGAUUGCUUUUUGAGCGAAGAAAGUGCAAAAUUGUUUGUUUCGACGUCGAAAUUUUUGCCACAUAAGCAGACACACAUUUCAAGAUCAAGAACGUUGUUGAUGAGUGUUUUGCUGAGGAUCAAAGUUCUUGCAUGAAUCUCGAAGAAGAUGAUAGCUUAUCGCGCUGCUGUGCCCGAUCAGUGAUUGAAAGCUAAAAAAACAAGUGCUUCAGUUUGGAAGGUGAAAAUUUUCCGUCGAUACCUCUGUUUGUGAUAGCUAUUGGCACCCGGAGCAUCAGAGUGGCAGUGAUUGUGAAAUAAAGGACCGCUUUUGGCAUUUGAGAACGCGAGCUCUUCAUCUGAAGGAGAAUGAGUUGGGCCAUUCGACGGCUGCUUCGAGGGGUAAUGCACUUGUUCAGCUGGUUCGUCAUACCAUACACAUACCUAGUCAGUGCACGGAUACGAUCGCAUCGAUUACCUCCGAUCGAAAAUCCACUACUGCAGAUUCCGGCCGUUACUCUGGCCGGAAAGAUUCGAACGGGGCAAAUCAAGAGCGAAGAUGUAGUCAGUGCCUACAUCGAACGCUGUCGACAGGUCAAUCCAAUCCUCAAUGCCAUCGUUGAGGAACGAUUUGAGCAGGCUCUUGCAGAAGCCCGGCAAAUCGAUGAAGAAGUCGCCAAGAAAUUGCGCACUGAAGAGCAAAUGAUGACCGAAACUCCCAUUCUGGGCGUACCCGUAACCAUCAAAGAGAGUCUAGCCGUGAAAGGCAUGAGCAAUACCGGUGGUAGAAAACUGAAGAACAAACGAAUCGCUCAACAGGACUCACCGGUGGUGGAACAGAUUAGGAAAAGCGGCGGAGUUAUUCUGUUGGUCAGCAAUACCCCAGAGUUGUGUCUAUGCUGGGAAACGUAUAACAAAUGUACGGGACUUACCAAGAACCCCUACAAUGUCAAACGCACUGUUGGAGGAUCAUCAGGCGGUGAAGCAGCCUUGAUUAGCUCGGCUGCAUCCCUCAUAGGUGUUACCACAGAUAUUGCCGGCUCAUCAAGACUUCCCGCCGCCUUCGUAGGAGUUUUCGGCCAUAAACCAUCCCCCUUUAGCGUAUCCCCCUACGGUCACAACCCCUCGUGCGAAGACGAGUCCUGGGGAAACUUCUUCACUCCUGGUGCGAUGUGUCGAUACGCUGAAGAUCUCCCCUUGCUACUCAAGGCCAUGAGCGAUCCCGCCGGAGUUACUCUUUCACUGGACGCUACGGUGAACCUCACCGAGAUUAACUAUUACUACAUGGAAAACGACGGCCCUACGGGUCUGACAGAACCUAUUCAACCGGAUAUCCAGGCCGCCAUUCAGAACGUCGUGAACCACUUCAACGCCGAAAAAGUCCAACUGAAACGUCUGAUCUGGGCACUGGACAUCUCCAUCUGCAAGAUGCUCCGAAUGAAGAACAUCGAAACAAUCUACACGCAACAACGGGACGGCCAGCCCAAUACCACCGUAGGUAAGGAGCUCUUGAAGUACUUCUGCGGUUGUUCCGACUCCGAUCUUCCGUCGGUCGUCAUCGGCCCUAUGCAGCACAUUGUCCAGAACUACAUUCCAACUUCAAGGUUGGCCUUCCUGGAUCAACAGACCGAGCUGUUGCGUAAAGAUUUCCUAGAUCUGCUUGGAACGAACGGCGUCUUUAUCUAUCCAGUGUUCCCAAAUACGGCUCAUCGACAUUUUUCGAUCUUCCACAAGCUGGUCGACACGAGCUACAUGAUGGUGUUCAACACCCUGGGUUUCCCAGCUGCGUCCUGCAUGGUGGGAUUGGAUCGCGAGAAACUACCCAUUGGGGUACAGAUUGUGGCCAGCCCCGGUCAAGACCACUUGAUUUUCGCAGUGGCACAAGAGUUGGAACGGAAGUAUGGCGGUUGGGUGCCACCACCAGCGCAGCAACAACAUUAAGCAGUGGCCACGUGGUGAGGCUCAGUGAUGAAGUGCAACUUACAAGUGAACAACAGUGUG